AUGGCUCCGCUGCUGCUGCUGCUCCUCUCGGUGCUCCCGGUGCCGCUCCCCUCCUCCCCCCGCUGCUCCCCGCGGUGCCCGCCCGGUUCUUACCCGCACCCAACAGGCCGCACCCGGCAACGCUGCGAGCCCGUCCGGUGCCGAGCUCUCCGCUGUCCCGCUCCGCUCUCGUUCCCUCACGGCACCGUGGAGCCGCGUCUCCCCUCAUACCCCAACGGCAGCGCCCUCCGCUUCGAGUGCGACGACGGCUUCGUGCUACGAGGGGCCGCGGAGCUGCAGUGCAGAGCAGGGGGUGUAUGGAGCGGAUCCCCCCCCGUGUGCGACGAUGGCGAAGGUGACUGUCCCCCCCCUGUGACACCAGCGGGGGGGGUGACAACAGGAGGGGGACGGCACCAUGGGGCCGAGGUGGGGGUGCGCUGUGGGGCAGGACUGCAGCUACUGGGACCUCCCCGACGACACUGCAUGGAGACAGGGAGGUGGUCUGGGCCUGAGCCCACCUGCCGCCACCCCUACUCCUACGACCUCCCUGAGGACAUCAGCAGUGGCCUCGGCUCUUCCUUCACCUCCAUCCUGGAGCUGGCGGGUGCCCGUGCUGACAGUGACACGUCCCUGGGGCGCCGCAUCAUACUGAGCCGCAAUGGGUCCCUCCAUGUCUACGUGCUUCUGGAUGCGUCUGGCAGUGUCCAACAGGACAACUUUGAGCUCUUCAGACAGAGCGCGGUGACCAUCGUGGAUAGGCUCAGCAGCUUCGAGGUGCCCCUCAGGUUUGCCAUCGUCUCCUUCGCCACCCACACGCAUGUCAUCGUAUCCACCACUGAAGAUGACUCUUAUGAUGCUGAUGAAGUCAUUGCACGCUUGGAGGCCAUGAAGUUUGGUUUGCACGGGAACGCAACGGGGACCAACAUGUAUGAGGCGCUGUUGGAGGUCUACCACAUGAUCCUCUUCCAAAAGGAGCGGUCAAUGCGUGACGGCCAACCCAAUGUGUGGAAGGACACACGGCAUGUCGUCAUCCUGCUGACAGAUGGGAGGUUCAACGUUGGCAGACAUCCCCGGGACGCAGUGGCCAAGAUUGAGGACGUGCUGGAGAUCAAAGAGGACCGCGAGGAGUUCUUGGACAUCUAUGCUUUUGGGGUGGGGACCCUGGAGGUGGACAUGGCUGAGCUGGAGGCAGUGGCCUCACACCGCCGGGAUGAGCGCCAUGCCUUCAAGCUGGCAGAUGCGUCGGCACUACGCCAGGCACUGGAGGGAGCGUUGGCUGCCACUGGCAUUGGGGACCUCUGUGGUGUCAUCAUCCCUGCUGGCAACACCCGGCCACCGUGGCAUGUUGUUCUGAGGACUGGAGUGCAGCAGCGUUGUGCAGGGACCCUUCUGGGGGGCCGCUGGGUGCUGACGGCUGCACACUGCUUCCUGGGGGGUGAGAGCCCCCACGACUGGAACGCUGAGCUGGCAGGGGGUCAAGAGGUUUCCAUCCGGGGGUGGAAACUCCAUGAGGACUUUGACAUCCGGGGAAAGGCAGCACAGGGAGUGCCUGAAUUCUAUGACUAUGAUGUGGCCCUGGUGGAGCUGGAGAAGGAGGUGGGAGACACAGGGGCCCCCAGGCGCAUCUGCAUUCCCUGCACUGAGGAUGCAAACAGAGCUUUGAGAAUGGCACCAGGGACCACAUGCCAGAAGCAAGAGAUGGAGCUGAUGGGCCACACUCGUGUCCCCGCCGAGUUUGUGUCGCUGGAGGGCAGGAGGUUGAGCGUCAGGAUCAAGGAGCAGGAAGAGCGUGCCUCCUGCCUGGGGGGUGCAGUGCAGCCUGGGAUGCCCCACGCCAACACCUCUGUGAAGGAUGUGGUGACAGAACGGUUCCUGUGCAGUGGGCAGGAGAGUGGUGGUGAGCGUGAGGACGCGGCCUGCAAAGGUGAAUCUGGGGGUUCUCUCUUUGUGGAGCGCCGUCACCGUUUCCUCCAGGUUGGGGUCCUGAGCUGGGGCACCUUCAAUCCAUGCCACAGGGGGGGCCGCAAUGCCGAGGGGGAGCUGAUCCGUGCCCCAGCCCCCCCCGGCCACCACCCCCGGGAUUUUGCCAUCAGCCUAUUCCGCAUUCAGCCCUGGUUACGGCGGCACCUGGGGGGGGUCCUGCGCUUCACCCCCCUUUGACUCCCCAUCACGGUGGGGACUCCCCCCAAGGGUACUCCUCAUUGGACUCCUAUAGGAGCUCAAUGGGACCCCCACACCCUGUUCUGUACCCCCCUAAUAAAGUGCCCCACUAACACUGUGAACUUC